UAAAACUUCACAGGAUUUUCCGAAAAAUGGAUGACGACGGAAGAAAACAGACAAUUAACAAGGAAGAGUUUUUCACGGGCAUUAAACACACUGGACUGGAUAUAAGCCACGAGGAUGCAGAGAAAUUGUUCGCUCACUUCGACACAGAGGACAGCGGUUCUAUUAAUGUCGACGAAUUCAUCAAACAAAUUCGUCCUCCGAUGUCUGAAGGCCGGCAUGCUAUAAUCGACCGGGCGUUCAGGAAAUUGGAUAAACAUGGAGCAGGGGUGAUUGCUACAGAGGAUCUCCGUGGCGUUUACUCGGUCGCUGCAAACCCGAGGUACAAGAGUGGUGAAGAGACCGAAGAACUGCUCAUGACCAAAUUCCUAGCUAACUUUGAGAGCGAGGGCACCGUUGAUGGCAAGGUAACGCUUGAGGAGUUCAUGAACUACUACAGCGGCAUCAGCGUGUCCAUCGACAACGAUUGCUACUUUGAUCUCUUAAUGCGGCAGGCUUACAAUCUCUAGAUAUCAGGCCAGAAGCUUGGCCCUAUAAUACAUUCCAUGGACUUAA